UCUGUACGGCGCAGCGGUCGCGCUACGAUGGGCGUAUGGCGAAUCGAGGUCAGAUAAUGUAGGUUUUUUUUAUUAAACUCGACGGGGCCUCGAUGCGAGAGUACAGAAUACCUCUUCAGACAAACGACCUCGGGAAUUUCCUCGCAUUUAAAGAACUGACAGACACGUUUUUGGAUGCUCCUUUUAUGCUGACGUUACCGCAACGCCAACACAUCCGUGUUCUCCAGCUGCGAUACCCUGGACGCGAAUGAAAUGACUGUUUAAUACGUUCUUUUCUUUCUUUCGCUACUAGCUACCUCCUCUUUCUGUUGUCCCCCCUUCCCCUUCGCACGGCCAGUACAUGGAUUCUGGUAUGGUGGAUUCAGCUGCAACGAGGAAGACUUUCAUGGUCCCGGACAUAAAACCUUUGGAUCAGUACGAUUUUAGCCGUGCCAAAAUAUGCGCUAGUUUAGGGUGGCUUCUGGCUAAGGCUUACGGAACAGCAGACAGCGUGCCGGCGGAGCUGCAGGAGCCGUUUUAUCGCGAUCAGUAUGAGCAGGAGCACAUGAAGCCUCCGGUGACACGGCUGCUGCUGUCCGGAGAGCUGUACUGCCGCGCCUGCGGGCAGCUCCUGGCGCACCCCCCGGACACCGCCGCCCCUCAGGAGCGCCCCCCGGACACCGCCGCCCUGCUAUGCCUCCUUGCCAAGCGCGGCCUGCCUCCACGAGACCAGGAGGGGCCAGUCACCGAGGCCGACCUGCAGCACAAGCCAAUCAGAAUGAAUGCCCACUUGGCGGUGAUUGACGCGCUGAUGUCGAUGGGUGCCAUGGAGACAGUGAGGAUGGUGUGUGGAGCGGAGCAGCUGGGGGGCGGAGCCUGGUGGGAGAAGGCCCUGCUGUGCUGGCUCAGUCAGGUGAAUCAGAAGCUCAGGGAGAGCUCAGAGACAGGGCUGUCCCAGCGAUCUCCGCCCAGCGCAGACGUGCAGCCCGGCCAGUCCUCGUGUCCUUCCCGUUGGUACUGGAAACUGGUGCCUAACCGGUAUAGGAAGGAUAAGUUGCCACCCAGACAGACUCCGGCGUUGCCUCUGGUAACGGGAGUGAAGGACCUCUCAGACGGUGCUGUUCUUGCCGCUGUUAUCCACUUCUACUGCCCAGGCCUGCUCAGUCUGGAGGAUGUGUGCCUGAAGGAAACCAUGACGACGACGGACAGCCUCUACAACCUGCAGCUGAUACGCGAGUUCUGUGACAGCUGCCUCAGCAGCUGCUGCCCCCUGCUGCUGGAGGACCUGCACUACAGUCCACCAGCCCUCAGGGUGAACAUCCUGAGUUUGGUGGCGGAGCUGCUGCGGUGCUUCGAGCUGCGCAGGCCGGACUUCGUUCAGCCCCUGCAGAUGCUGGACCUCACAGAUUUCUCAGGACUGAGUGACCAUGAGGCACCUGCUGGCAGGACCAACAGCAGUGCCUCUCCGUCCUGCAUCUUCAAGCAGCCCUUCCUGCCCAUCUCCUCCCCCCCGCCCGCAGCGGGUGUGUCAGGCUCUACCUCAAUGCCUCACGUGGAAGGAGUGGGGCGAACGUGGAGCAAGAAGCCGUUCAGUCGCCCCCUCUCCGCCGUGUCCUUUAGUGUCCCCUUUGGUCUGGACAGUGACGUGGACGUCGUGAUGGGGAACCCGGUCAUCACCCGCUCCGUCAGCUCCGACAGCCUGGCCCUGGCCGUCCCGCCCGUGACCCGCGCCCCCUACACCCCCCCGGAGGACCUCAGCCACCCGCUGAGCAAGGCCCCCGGCGGACCGUCCUCCCUGAACGGGCCCGUGGCCUCCCCGCGCGCCUCCUGGGGCACGCAGCCGCCCGCCGUCCCGCUGCGGGUGGAGAACGGGCUGGGGGAGGAGCUGCCCACCAUCGAGGAGGCGCUGCAGAUCAUCCACGACGAGGGCAGGCUGGAGCCCCGCCUCCACCCCGAGGGCGCGGCCGACGGCUUCUACCUGCACUCCCCCGACGGCCCCGCCCGCGGCAGCCCCGUCCUCCUCAGCAGCUCCGCCCCGCCCCGCUCCGGGAUGCUGUUCCGGCGCACCUCCGAUGGUUCCCGUGACGACGACUCCGUCCUGAGGGACGGCAGCGUGGACUCGGAUGCCUCUGAGGACCUGCCCAAAACGCAGCCCACACCGGCUACACCCGCCACGCCCGGCGGCGGCUGCUCCACCCAGCUCCGCCCACCCGAUACGCCCGACAGCGGCGUGAAGAUGACCAGCUUCGCCGAGCGGAGGAAGAAGCAGGUGUCGAGCACGCCGCCCAUCGACGCCCCGCCCUCGAGCGACUGGGCCCCGCAGGCGGAGGACAGCCCGAGCAGCAGCCCCGCCCUCAGCUCGGAGAUGACGGAGCUCGGGGCGCGGCUGGAGGAGAAGCGCAGGGCCAUCGAGGCGCAGAAGAAGCGGAUUGAGGCCAUUUUCGAAAAGCACCGGCAGCGCCUGGGGAAGAGCGCCCUCCUGCAGCUGAAGAAGCAGCAGGGCGGGGGCGGCGAGCCGGGUGGCGAGGGCGGCGGGGGGGGCGGGGCCGGGGCCGAGCUGAGCGCCAUCACUCUGGAGGAGCGGCUGGCCCGCAUGGAGGAUGAGGAGCAGGAGGAAGAGUGUGCUGCGAAGCCUCCGCCCCAGCAGGAGCAGCCCCAGGAGGGAGGGGUAGAGAGCAAGGGGGAGGGGCCGGGAGGGAGGGGCUCGGAGAAAGGGGCAGUGCCAGAGGAUAAGGGGGCGGCGCCGCUGGGUGACUACAACGACGCGGUGUCCCGCCUGACGGCUGCCCUCAGCUCUCUGCAGUGUGACAUGCAGCGCCUCUCCCAGCAGCAGAAUCAGCUCAUACGCAAGAAGGCCACGCCCCCCACGCAGGCCUGGGUCAUCCCCACCAGCGCCAAGCCCUCGGCCGCCACCGCCACCCCCCCUCGCCUGUCCCGGGAGUCCACCCGUGACCUGGCCUCCCCCUCCCCCUCCCGUAAGGCCGCCGGCUAUGCAGUACCUCCCAAAUCUCCCCAAGCGCCCCAUCGCCGGGCCCCCUCUGCUCCGCCCAAGAGCCCCAAACACCAAGCACGCCCGCUGGACCUCAAGCUGCCCCCGCUGGCUCGGGUCCUCACCCCCCCGCAGAACGUGGACACCCUGCCACACCUCCGCCGGGUCACACCCAGCCAGUGCCAGGUACAGACCUCCUCCUCCUUCAGCAUAGGGGCGCCCCGUGCCCCCCGGCCCGCCGAGGACAGCUCCUCGGAGACGGGCUCGGCCGACGACCCCGCCAUCUUCUCCUUGGAGCUGGAGGGGGGGCCCACGCCGGUCGCAAGCAGGAGGGAACCAGGCGGGGGGGGCAGCAGCUCGGGGGCGCCCUCGGAGUGCUCCUUCGAGAGCGACGUCCCGGCAGCUUUCGGGGGGAAGCGCAGCAGCCUGAUCGAAAUCUCGCUGUCCUCCCUGCCCCCGGCUGACGGGGACGACGCCGAUGCCUUCUCCGACUCCAUGAGCGACCACACAGAGCCUGAAACCCGAGUGGGCCUCGGAUUCUUCUUCAAGGACGAGGCGCGGCCAGAGGAUGAGAUGGCCCAGCGGAGGGCAGCGCUGCUGGAGAAACAGCAGAAGAGAGCAGAGGAACUGAAGAGACGCAGACAGGAGCAGGAGAGAGAGAGAGAGGCCAGUCGGCCCUCCUCUACGGAGGAGCCGCGGGGGCGAUCCCCGGCCCCCAGCACCCCCAGCACCCCUCCGCCCCCCCGUGAGGCCUUGCUCCACCGGAGAGGAGACUUCACGCGGCAGGAGUACCAGCGGCGGCAGCAGCUGAAGAUCAUGGAGGACCUGGACAAGGUGCUGCGGCAGAAACCCACCACCGUGCGCGGCGUCAAGAAGCAGCGGCCCAAAACCGUCUUCCGCGACGACUCCGCCCUGUCCCGCAGCCCCGCCAAGGGCUUCAUGGGCUCCAAGAUCAGCAAAGUGUACUCCCACUCCACCCUCAAUCUCUCCUCACUGGCUAAUGAUAGCAGCAACUCUGGAUCAUUGUCUGUAAGGAAAUCUCCAAGCCGAUCUCAUUCGCCCUGCAGACUGAUGUCACCAGGUCGACUGGCCAAUCAUAACGGAGAGAAGGACUGGGAUGCUGCCUCCACAAUCUCCUCCCCUGCGUCUGUCCCUGAAUACACAGGACCCAAGCUCUACAAGGAGCCCAGCUUUAAGUCCAACAAGUUCAUCAUCCACAACGCCCUGUCCCGCUGCUGCCUGGCGGGGAAGGUCAACGAACCGCAGAAAGUCAAGAUUCUGGAGGAAAUGGAGAAAUGCACAGCGAACCACUUCCUGAUCUUGUUCCGGGACUCAAGCUGCCAGUUCCGGGCGGUGUACACCAUGAAUCCAGAGACGCAGGAGCUGGUGCGUCUGACAGGCAUCGGCCCGCGGGUGGUCAGCGCCUCCGUGGUGGAGUCCAUUUACAAGUACAGCUCUGACCGCAAGCAGUUCACCGCCAUCCCAUCCAAAACCAUGUCCAUGAGCGUGGAUGCCUUCACCAUCCCGGGACACCUGUGGCAGAGCAAGCGCCCAGUCACACCCAAAAAACCCGGCACACCCAAAUAAAGGCAGCCGCACCCCUGCGCUCUGCCUGGGGCGGGGCUUCCCUCAGGCCCGGCCACUCCCACCCCCGCGCUCUGCCUGUUGAAACAGUCUUGGCUUUGGGACAGUAUAUGUGUUGCAGCAGAGAUUAAACACCAGGGCGUUGUUGAUCCAUCCUUUCUGUGUCGGCAGAAAAGGUCCCACCUACCAGGUCCCUGAAAGUCAGACAGGAAGUGAACGUUAAAGCUGUUUAUUUCUGACACACCUGGAAGACCCUCACCUGGUCACGGUGGGAAAAGGUAGGGUCUGGUUGGUGCACCUGAGGCGGUGACAGCGCUCCUGAGUGUUUAAGAAAAGGCUGUAUUAAAAUAAGAUUUCCAUUUCCAGACCCCCCCCAAAAUUCCCUUUAGAAAUCAGUCAGGCCCCAUCCAUCCUACUUUGCUACACCAAGCCCUGCUC